AUGUCGACACCAAAUGCCCAGCCUGCCGACCCCAUCGCCAAGGGCGUCGUGGCCACGGCGAAGCAGUCCUUGAAGGACCUCUUCAUCUGGAAGCAGCGCACCGUCGUUGUCAGUCCUACGGGCGAGACGCACACGGAAUGGCAGGAUCCCGAUCCCAUCAAGAACCCCUUCAGUCUGAUGGCCCAGCUAGGGCCCCGCGACUGGCUCUUCUUCAUCUGCGGCUUCUGCGCUUGGACCGCCGAUGCCUUUGACUUCCACGCCCUCUCCAUCCAGACCACCAAGUUGGCCCACUACUACGACCGUUCCAAGACGGACAUCACCACCGCCAUCACCCUCACUCUUCUGCUCCGCUCCGUCGGCGCCGCCUGCUUCGGCCUGGCCGGAGACAAGUACGGCCGCAAGUGGCCCAUGGUUCUCAACAUGAUCAUCCUCGGCCUGCUCCAGAUUGCCACCAUCUACAGCACCACCUUCCAGCAGUUCUUGGCUGUGCGCAGCUUGUUCGGCCUCUUCAUGGGAGGUGUCUACGGCAACGCCAUUGCCAUGGCCCUCGAGCACUGCCCCUCCAACGCCCGUGGCCUCAUGUCCGGUAUCCUCCAACAGGGAUACUCUUUCGGCUACGUCCUCGCUGCCUGCGCCAACCUCGGCGUCGGUGGUGGUGUUGAGACGUGGAAGACGGUCUUCUGGAUCGCCGCCGGCGUCUCCAUCGCCGUCGGUCUCGUCCGCGUCUGCUUCCCCGAGUCGCAGCAGUUCCUCGAGGCCAAGGCUCGCGGAAAGAAGACGGCGUCUCCCGGCGCCUUCUGGAGAGAGACGAAGAAGAUGCUUGCCCAGGAGUGGAAGAUGUGCGUCUACUGCAUCAUCCUCAUGACGUGGUUCAACUUCUACUCGCACACGUCGCAAGACUCGUACACGACCUUCAUGAUUGCGCAGAAGGAGAUGGCCAAUGCCGGCGCGUCACGCGCCUCGAUCCUGAUGAAGGCCGGCGCCUGCGUCGGCGGCACCAUCAUCGGCUACUUGUCGCAGUUCUUUGGCCGCCGCCGCGCCAUCAUCGCCUCGGCCCUCAUGUCGGCCUGCCUCAUCCCCGCCUGGAUCCUGCCCCAGGGCGAGCGUGCCCUCAGCGCCAGCGGCUUCUUCAUGCAGUUCUUCGUCCAGGGCGCUUGGGGUGUCAUCCCCAUCCACCUGAACGAGCUGUCGCCCCCGGCCUUCCGCUCGUCGUUCCCCGGUAUCACCUACCAGUUGGGUAACAUGAUCUCAUCGCCGUCGGCGCAGAUUGUUAACGCCAUCGCCGAGAGGACGUUCGUCACGGCCCCCUCGGGCCACAGCGUCGAGGCAUACGGCCCCGUUAUGGGCAUCGCCACCGCCAUCAUCGCAACGGGUAUUGUCAUCACGACCAUGUUCGGACCCGAGCGCCGCGGCCGCAGCUUCGAGCACGCCGUCGCUGGCGUCGAGGGCGAGAUGGCCGAGGCCAAGGAGAUUGACGACCACGACGAGGAGAAGGGCAGCAUCAAGGCCGCCAACGUCGAGGAUGCCGCACGCAAGGAGUGA